CAAGGAAUACUGUGUGUGGUCGGUUUUACCGGCCCUACAAAGAACCUCAAAAACCAAUAUCAAACGCAAAUACGAGAAACAGAGGAGAGGAGGAAGAAGAAGAGUGGUCUGACUGUUGAAACAGUAACCGAGAGAGAGAGAGACAGACAGAGAAAGAUGAAACUAACAUGGAAGAACAAGAGGAAAGACAACAAAAAGCGUUCUUUGGGGGCUGUAUCAAUCUACCCGAACCUCCCUUUCGACCACCAGGACGACGAUGCUGAUACUGCGUACCUCAAGGAUGGUGAUGAUGACAAAUUUGGCUUUGCGACUCAACAAGACCCACCUCAAAUCCUUGCGGCUCGUGAACCCUCUGAAUCUUCGGAGGCAAAACAGCUCGCUGAGUCCUUUCAGGCUCAGGGAAACAAGCUUGCCGAGGCUGGCAAGUACGGUGAAGCACUGGGGAAAUGGGAGGCCGCACUUACUUUGGUUCCGGAAAAUGCGGUUUUGCAUGAACAGAAGGCACAAGUUUUACUUGAAAUAGCAGAUGCAUGGAAUGCUUUGAAGGCAGCAACUAGAGCUACUGAGUUGGAUCCUUCAUGGGCUGAGGCAUGGAUUACCCUUGGCAGAACACAGUUGAACUUUGGGGAGCCUGAUAGUGCUGUUGAAAGCUUUGACAGAGCACUAGCCAUCAAGCCUGAUUCCAAGGAGGCUCAAGAUGAUAGGCAAACUGCAUUACAUCUUGUAAAGAGGAGAAAGCAGCUUCACUUAUCAGGCUUAAGUAAUAGUACAAAUCGUUAUAUGGUUGGUGAUAAGUCUGAAAGCUCUCUGGAAAACAUAUGAAAAUGUAACAGAAAGUGUGAUUUUAUAGUUGUUCAAGAACCGCAGAAGAAUUACCGACCAUCUUUUACAGGACCGUAAUUUUUGUAUUGUAAAUAUUUGGUAGCCAGAUAGAGCACCAUGUUGGUGGAAAGAAUAUAGUGGCGAAGUGGCAUCAGUAUAGAGUUUCCUCUGUUACAUGAGACUUGGUGAUGUUAAUGGAAUAAGCUAUAUUUAGUCU